AAAUACUAGAAGAUGUGUUUUGAUUGUUAUUUCUUUGUUUGUUUCUCAUGAUUCCAUAUUUUUUUUCCUCAGAAUGGAGUGAUUCCAUAUAUAUUUUCCUUACAUAUGCUCUAUAAAAGUAAUAUUUACUGAUCACCACAAUGUUUUUUUAUUCAUUUCUUUUAGUGUUUCUGAAUGCUAAAGAGUUGCACUUUUGAACUAAUUCAUUGUUUUGUCAAGCUUUUUAUCUGAGUUUGUUUUACAUGAUAAUAUGUCUGAGUGAGUGCUCGUAUCAUGAGACUGGUGAUUCUAUACUUUUUGCUAGGAGUUGUAUACCGCGAGGGAUGAGCUGAGUCAACACCUUUCCCGUUAAACUUGUCAGGCGAUAGCUGACGAAGCAUCCCUGUCAGAAAAAAAAAACUUCCAUUAAAGCUAACGUCUAUUUGAUUUUCUCAUGCAAAUGAAUAUUUUUCUACUGUUCUGAUUUUGUUGCAAUACCGCACAACUGAAUGAUGUCAUCAGAUUGUAACCUCCAUAUUUAUUGGACAAAUAAACCACUGAUUUUUCUCCACCUGUGUGCAAUGACGCGCUGCCAAAACAGUCACGUGAGCGUCUCGUUAGCAUCUGGCCGCUAACAGGCCACCAGGCGUCGGGGUGGACGUCAGCGAGAAAACGUCGCGCGCGCGCGUGUUGCAGCAGGUGACGAGCAAAGCUGAGAGAGAUGCGCCGGAAACCCGAGCACUUUCAUCACGAAAACUCGACUGUCGGUAAAGACUUCUACGCGGACAAGAGGGAAGUUGGUUUUUAUUUCAUCGUCGUCAAAUGGACCUCAUCAGAUUGACUUGAGGUAUUUUUUAUGCUUUUCGUUCUUUCUAAUGAUGGCGAAAAGGUCCGGCGUCUUUUAUUGUGAAGGCGAGCGGGUGUUUGCUCCCGCGUGUGACGAAGGCGCUGCGCCUUGACGCAGCGAGACGGGUGGCGUCUGCUCGCUGCUCUUCUUUUUGCUUUUUCUCCUGCUGCUGCUCGGUGGCGGCAGCAGGUGCCGCCGCCACGUCAUCGUCAUCAUCCUUUCUCCACCGGAAGAGGAGACACGAGACCUGCCGAGGCUUCGGUCCUGUUCAGCAUCCCGCGGAUCUGAGAAUGCUUGGCGUCUGACAAAAUGAGCGUGACGUCAUGGUUCCUGGUGAGUGGCUCGGGCACACGUCACCGCCUGCCCAAGGAGAUGAUCUUUGUGGGCCGCGAGGACUGCGAGCUGAUGCUACAGUCUCGCAGCGUGGACAAGCAGCACGCCGUCAUCAACUACAACGCCACCACCGACCAACACCUGGUCAAAGACUUGGGCAGUUUAAAUGGGACGUUCGUCAACGACCUGAGGAUUCCCGACCAGACGUACAUGACGCUCAAAGUCUCCGACAUCCUCCGCUUCGGAUAUGAUUCGCACGUCUACGUUCUGGAGAAGAGUCAACAUAAAGUCCCCGAAGAGGCACUCAAGCACGAGAAGUACACCAGUCAGUUGCAGAUCAGCUUGAAGCCAUCUCAGACGAAGAAGGAUGAGCUCGAGAAGAACACCGUUAACAAGAUUACGAUACAAGAUGUUCCGGUUCCACGGCCCACUCCGCUGUACGGCCAGCCGUCUUGGUGGGGAGAGGAGGAUUGCGGCAGUCGGACGGCCGGCCGAGAUGAGCCUCAGAAAGAAGAGCCUCGUACGGAAGCGCAGAAAGAAUCGGAUACCGAUUUCCCCGAAUGUCUCUCCGGUCCCCGAAACAAGAGCGUAUUCCCGGCGUACAGACGCGAGGCCGACUACUUUGAGAUUCCCACCAAGGACUCGCGACUCCCUGAGGCCGUGGAGGCGGAGCUACAAGAGAUCCCCACUAAGGACACGCCCCCCACCCCCGGCGAGACCCCGCCCGCCAUCCAGAGCCACGCCUCCUUCACCAUUGAGUUUGACGAAUGCGCACCGGGCAAGAUCAAAAUCAAAGACCACGUGACCAAAUUCUCCUCCCGCCACGGGAAGACGGCACCCCCUGUCAAGGCCGCGCCCGCGAUGUCUUCACAGAGCAAAGUGGCCGAUUGGUUGGUUCGCGGUGACCUGGGCGUGAUGAGGAUGCGCCCCGUCUGCGACGACGUUUACAGCACAAAGAGCGACCUCGCCAUUAACGUCAAGUCGUCGAAAGGUCAUCACCACGACGACGGAACCCAAAGCGACUCCGAGGAUCCCACGCUGAAAAGCGGGAGGAGUAAAUCCCGCCGUCCCGAGGCGACCUCGCCGGCGGCCCCGGAACCCGAACCGUGCCGGAGCCCCCCUCGGGCACCGUCCCCCGUCGCGGACCCGUCGCCCGAGCGGGUUCCUUCCGAGCGCCUGAGCCAGCGAGCCUUCGUCAUCGAGUUUUUUGACGACAACCCUCGCAAGAAGCGCUCGCAGUCGUUCACUCACAACCCAGCCCACGCCGAUUCGUAUUCCGCCCUCAAGACCAAGCCGCGCAGAGGCGGCGAGCGACCGGCGUCCGUUCACGGCCACGUAGCUCCCACCCAGCAGGUGACGGUGCCGCUCAAAGGUCCCGGCGGCGGCGGGGCCCCUCAGAGAUCCGCUUCCCUGAAGCGGGAACACGCGGACGCGGAGACCUCUCGCUCCACUUCGGCCAUCUCGGUCCGUCCUUACGGCAGCGUCGGGAAGGAAUCCAAACUGGCUCGGGAGUUUGCCGUGGAAUUCUUAAAAGAUUCUAGUCCGGACUCGUUGCCUACCAGGGAGCGGAUGUCGUCUCCGCCGGCGUCGGCACCGCCGGUGAUGGUGCGGCCUCCUCCUUCGCCGCCGCAACCUUCCACCCCGCCCGUGACCGCACCCCCCGCCUUACCGCCCCUGAGCUUUCCCGGAGGAGAACCCGAAGGUCGUCAGAAGCCGUCGAGGAACGAGGAGGACGACAGCGUGAGCGAGGCCGGCACUUACACCAUUGACACCGAGGCUCACGACCGGGAAGUGGAAGACGCUCGCAACAUGAUCGACCAGGUCUUCGGAGUCCUGGACUCUCCGGAGUACGGCGGGCAGAGUCCGGGGACCCCCAGACCCGUGAUCGACGAAGGCCGGGACGAACGUGCCGAUGUCGCUAGCUGUUGCGCGAUGUUGCACGACUUUAGUCUAGCCAGUGGUGGCGUACCCGCGACCAGCUCCAUACAGCCUCCAGGUCCGGAAGGACCAAAGUGGGUUUCCCGUUGGGCCAGUCUAGCAGAUAGUUGUGGUGCCACUCCGACACAAGAAGACUCGCAGGUGCCGGUACGGCCGAGCGAAGGUCACGGCCACGACCUCUCGGAGUCAGAGUCCGGCCACGGCUCCAGAACCAGAAGGCUCCUGCCUCAGGUGCCCCCCGAAAAGCCGGACGGUGCCCUCCUCGUAUGCCGGGAAGACCGUUCGGACGGUGCCCCGCCACGCCGACGGGAGUCCGCGCGGUGCUUGACAGUUCAGGAUGAACUGGAGCCAGACAGUCUGAGUGACGCCAGCCGCUCAGAAGACGGGCCCGUUUUAAAGAACCGUCGGGCCGCUUUGAAAACUUUGGCUCCUUCCGAGGGUCCGGAGAAAUUGUCCUCCUCUUGCAAAUCCGCCAUUUUCUACAUCGGUUCUGAAGAAAAUCCAACCAAAGCAGACUCAAGCCGGCCUGAAUUUCGGGCCAAAACUCCGCCGACCGCCGUCCUGAUCCGCCAGCUCGGCGCCCGCGAGCCGCGAAAGGGUGGCAUUAAAGCCAACAGCUCGGCGCCGGACCUCCGAACCUCGCGGGACAAAGACGCCUCGUCCCUCAUACGGCGAGAAAGUUUCACCAAAGCGGGGCCGAGUGACAACGUCCGAGUCGAGAAGCUUCCUCAAAUUUCCGCAGAACGGGCGCCGGGGUACCCGGCUCCCGGCGCCGAGAAAGGCGGCCACGUUGACGACUCGCUAUCCGGAGAGUCGGACGUGGACACGGCCAGCACAGUCAGUCAGGUGAGCGGCAAAAAUGCCUCCGUGGCUAAGAAAGGGCCCGACGGCGCACUCCGGAAGGACGAGAGCCCCUCGGCUCGGCAGAAGGGACGGCAGCCCUCGGCCCGCGAGCGACUUUCGGAGAAACGGCGAAAGCGGACUCCCGCCGACGAGCGCGUUCAGACGCGUCGCGGUGUUGGCCGCGCCUCUAUGGACGCGUCCUCCGAAAGCCGGUCGGGUAAAAAGCCCGGCUCCCGGCUUCAAAAAGAGGAGCGCGUCAAGACGGCCGAGGCGCAGGUUCUGACUCGCUCCAACAGCUUGUCCGCGCCGCGCCCCACCCGAGCGUCCAUGCUGCGACGAGCGCGUCUGGGAGAAGCCUCGGAUAACGAAGGCGCAGAGACCGACCGGGCCUCCCAAAGUUCGGACCACGCCGCAGCCUCCAAAGAGACCAAGAAACUGUCCAGGCUGGACAUCUUGGCGCUGCCGAGGAGGAGGACUGGUUCUUUGGCAGCCUCCGGCGACGACGCCACAUCUUCCGCCAGCCGCGGCGCCUUCCCCGAUCGCAAAAAGUCUUCAGCCGACGAGGCCCGAGCGGCCGCCAGCAGAGCUGCGGGGAAGAACGCGCUCAGCCGAGCCAAGUACCCAAACAGCGGCAUCCAUCCCAAGCGCAAGAACUCCAAUUUUUCCUCUUCAUCUGACGAAGACUACAAAAGUGACGUCGCCAAAGCCAAACGCUCGGCUGGGACCCUUCGGAGCGAUGGGACGCCCGCCGGCCGCUCCAAAUCCGUCUCCGCGGAGACUGAGGAAGACGACGACCGCAGCGACCCUUACCAGAACUGGUCCACGCACAGUGCCGAGAUCGCAAAGCUGAGUCACGACUUGGCCAAAGACUUGGCCAUCUUAGCCAGAGAAAUCCAUGACGUGGCCGGAGACGGGGACUGCCCGGCCGCCGACGCCGCACCCGGUUCCGCGCCGGACACGUCGGCCUCAGCCAUGUCUGCCAGCGAAGAGGACACCCAGCUGUUGAGUCCGCUGCGUCACCUGUCGCACGCCAUCCGGGACAAUACGGAGCAGCUGGCCGCCAAACUCAAGAUGCUGUUCCACAACAAAGCGGAAGCGUGGGAGGAGAUCGACAAGAAGAUCAAGACGGACACCCAGCCGACGGGGACGUCUAAUAAGGAGAUCACGUCCAUUGUGGCGGAACUUCGCCGAGUCCAAAAGCAGCUGGAAGUCAUCAACCGGGUAGUGGAUCCCGCCGGGAACCCGCAAGCCCCAGCCCCUGGUCUUCGGACCUCCUCCAAGGAGAAGAAACAAAAUGGCGUCUCUCCCAAAACUCGCCGUCACGUGCCCUGACGCCGGAGCUCUUCCUAAUAGAAAAGUAGCCAGAGGACGUCGCCGUUGAGCUCCGGCGCACCCCUCCGCCGACGUUCAUCGAAUGUGUUUAUUGUGCCGAACCGAUCGAUCGACGCUUCCACGUUUGGUGUUUGUGUUGUCGUCCUGGGCUGCCCUCCCGGCGUCCUGUCAUCGCAGUUAGCGUGUCGCCAGAAAACGAAAUGAAUGUUCAUCGAUGUCAUUCAAGCGAAAU